AUGGCGUCGCCUAAGAUUAUCCUUUACACCAAUCGCCUCUGCCCCUGGGCACACCGCGCCCACAUUGUGCUGAAAGAGCUCGGCUUGCAAUACGAAGAGGUCACUAUUGACCUAGACACACCCCGUGAGCCGUGGUAUCUGGAAGUCAACCCGCGUGGCCUGGUCCCUAGUAUUUCCUACAAUGGCAACGUCAUCACCGAGUCUGGCAUCGUUGCCCAGUUCUUGGCUGAUGCUCACCCCUCGCAUCUCACACCCCCGUCGGGCCCGGCCGAGAACGCGCUGUACCGCGCCCGCCAGUCAUUCUUUGUGGACGCUUUCUUUAGCAAGGUUGUCCCGCACUUCUUUGCCAGCAUGCGGUCGGUCUCGGAGGAGGAGCGCGAUGCCGCCGCAGAGCAGUUGGUUGCUGCUGUCGUGAAGGAGGUUGAGCCUUUGCUGGCGUCGACCGAGGGCAAGGGCCCGUUCUUUGGCGGCAGUGAGAAGCUCACCUUGGCCGAGGUUCAAUCUGGAUCCUUCCUGCUCCGUAUCCUGGGCUUCGCUAAGCCCGAGCAUGGUUUGGUGAGCACCAAGCUGCCGGGCCUGCUGGAGCAGCAGGCACCACGAUUCAAGCGCUGGGCGGAGGCUACUGUCGCCCACGAGAGCGUCAAUUUUAUCUUCAAUGAGAAGGCCAUUGCGGAUCGGACGCGGGCUCGAUAUGCCCCCAAGCCGUAA